AGCUUGUGCAUCCGCAUGGUCUCCAGCCCGUGGUUCGAGCGAGUCAGCAUGAUGGUGAUCCUGUUGAACUGUGUGACCCUGGGAAUGUACCAGCCCUGUGAGAACAUCGACUGCUCCUCGGACCGAUGCCAAAUCCUACAGGCCUUUGACGCAUUCAUCUACAUCUUCUUCGCGAUGGAGAUGGUUAUAAAGAUGGUCGCCCUGGGGAUCUUCGGUCGCCGCUGUUACCUCGGGGACACGUGGAAUCGCCUGGACUUCUUCAUCGUCAUGGCAGGGAUGGUCGAAUACUCGCUGGACCUUCAGAACGUCAACUUCACGGCUAUCAGAACAGUGAGAGUACUACGACCUCUCAAAGCCAUUAACCGGGUGCCAAGUAUGCGUAUCCUGGUCAACCUGCUGCUGGACACUCUGCCCAUGCUGGGAAACGUCCUCCUGCUCUGCUUCUUCGUCUUCUUCAUCUUCGGCAUCAUCGGCGUGCAGCUGUGGGCGGGGCUGCUGAGGAACCGCUGCUACCUGAAGGAGAACUUCACGCUCUCCACAGGCAUCAAUCUACCUCGACCCUACUACAUGGCUGACGAGGAUGACGAGCGGCCCUUCAUCUGCUCCCUGCCGGUCGACAACGGCAUCAUGUCCUGCACGGACGUCCCGGCUCGCCGCGAGGGGGGCCGGACGUGCUGCCUGGACAAAGACGACGCCCUGUACCGCCAGUCGCUGGGCCUGAGCCCCGAGCCUCUGGCCAAUGGCAGCGUGAGUGUAGCCGGGCUGUGUGUCAACUGGAACCAGUACUACACCAGGUGUCACACCGGACACAGCAACCCCCACAAAGGAGCCAUCAACUUCGACAACAUCGCCUACGCUUGGAUCGUCAUCUUUCAGGUGAUCACUCUGGAGGGCUGGGUGGAGAUCAUGUACUAUGUGAUGGACGCACACUCCUUCUACAACUUCAUCUACUUCAUCCUGCUCAUCAUUGUCGGUUCCUUCUUUAUGAUCAACCUGUGCCUGGUCGUCAUCGCCACCCAGUUCUCAGAGACCAAGCAGCGGGAGCACCAGCUGAUGCAGGAGCAGAGGGCUCGGUGUUCGUCCUCCUCCACCCUCGCCAGUGAACCCGGGGACUGCUACGAAGCGCUCUUCCAGCUGGUCUGCCACUGCAUCCGCAAGGCCCGGAGACAAACCGUGGCCCUCUUCAACACCCUGCGGGGGAAACCUCGCGGCUUCCGGGGCGCUGGAAGAGGCAGGGGAGGAGGAGGAGGGAGGGAGAGGAAGGCCAAUGGACGAGAAGGACGUGAGAGGAGAGCAGUGCUGCGGCACGGUCCUCCCUGUCCCCACCGUAAUAAACCUGACCACGCCGCACCCGGUCAACCCAUGGCCCUCACCGCCGCCUCGGCAUCUGACGGCUGCCAUCGGUGCGCCGCGGCCCUGGCACUCACUGACGGUGUGGGACCCGUUCGCAGUGCGACCAGUGGGGAGCCAGAGGAGGGCGCUGUGGAGGAAACGGACAGGGAGGGGGUACAGGCCGGUGGUAAUGAGAAGGACAAGAAAGACGAGGACGGGGCAAGGGGCUGUAAUCCUAAGAAACAGUGCGAGGAUCUGUGGUGCGACACGAGGAGGAAGCUGUGGGGCAUCGUGGAGAGCAAGUACUUCAACCGGGGCAUCAUGAUCGCCAUCCUGAUCAACACCAUCAGUAUGGGAAUCGAACACCAUGAGCAGCCAGACGAGCUCACCAACGUCCUGGAGAUCUGCAACAUCGUCUUCACCAGCAUGUUCUCCCUGGAGAUGAUCCUCAAGCUCACGGCCUUCGGUUCUUUCAGCUACCUGCGGAACCCGUACAAUGUGUUUGACGGAGUCAUCGUCAUCAUAAGUGUGUGUGAGAUCGUGGGCCAGUCCGACGGCGGCCUGUCUGUGCUGCGGACCUUCAGGCUGCUGAGGGUCCUGAAGCUGGUGAGGUUCAUGCCGGCGCUGAGGAGACAGCUCGUCGUCCUCAUGAAGACCAUGGACAACGUGGCCACCUUCUGCAUGCUGCUCAUGCUCUUCAUCUUCAUCUUCAGUAUCCUGGGGAUGCACAUCUUCGGCUGUAAGUUCAGUCUUAAGACGGAGACGGGGGACACUGUGCCGGACAGGAAAAACUUUGACUCCCUCCUCUGGGCCAUUGUCACUGUUUUCCAGAUUCUGACCCAGGAGGACUGGAACGUGGUUUUGUACAACGGCAUGGCAGCGACUUCGCCGCUUGCAGCUCUUUACUUUGUGGCCCUCAUGACCUUCGGAAACUACGUCCUCUUCAACCUGCUGGUGGCCAUCUUGGUUGAGGGUUUUCAGGCAGAGGGUGACGCCAAUCGCUCUUACUCGGACGACGACCGCUCGUCCUCCAACUUUGACGAGAGCGAGAGACACGACUCCAUUAAGUUGUCUGACCCAAGGAUCUGCACCUUGACGCCCAACGGCCACCUGGAGCUGGGCGCUCUCUCAGGACCCCGAGGAUCCUACUCCUCCGAGAGGCGGAGCUUCACCAUCGAGUCCAGGAAGAGCAGCGUGAUGAGCCUGGGCAAGAGCAGCCUGGAGAGACGCUCCCUCUCUCUGCGCCACGGCCGUAGUCCCAACUACCACAACUGGGGGCGCCCUUUCGCUCCGCAGUCUGCAUGGAGCCGCAGAUCGAGCUCCAACAGUCUUGGUCGGAGGAGCUACAGGUUCGGUGGAGCUCCUCUGGUCGGAGGCAGCCUCCGUCUGCACAGCACCCGCUCCCCCCACUCCUACACCUAUGCCGCCGAGCAGGAGUCGCUUCUCUCCCACCCGCCCCACUCCCAUCAUCCUCUACUGCCGCAUCAUCCCCCUCCGCUGUUCCUGUCGAGACACUUUUCUGCAAAGACGGAUCGCCGGGCUCUCUCCCUGGAGCUGCCUGAGCUGCUUCGGGCGGGCGGCCAGCCCCCAGGCCUGCCCCCCGUCCAUCCAGACCCCGGGAGGAGGAGCGGGUCCGGGACAGGGGGGUCCAUCACAGGAGGGUCUGGAGCCGGCAGUGGUUAUGGAACGGAACACCGAGACUGUAACGGCAAGGCCCCGGGUCCCCACACCCAGCUGAUGACUGAGGUUUACCCUCAAGUCAACGCACGAAAAGACAGAACAGACCUGGAUGAAGAGAUAGACUAUAGUCUUUGUUUCCGUGUCCAGAAGAUGAUGGAGGUCUAUAAGCCAGACUGGUGUGAAACCAGAGAGGAGUGGUCCGUCUACAUGUUCUCCCCCCAGAACAAGUUCAGGCUGCUCUGUCAGUCCAUCAUCGCCCAUAAGCUCUUCGACUACAUCGUCCUGGCCUUCAUCUUCCUCAACUGCAUCACGGUGGCUCUGGAGAGGCCGAGGAUUCUGCAGGGCAGCCUCGAACGACUGUUUCUCACCAUUUCCAACUACAUCUUCACCGCCAUUUUUGUCACGGAGAUGACUGUCAAGGUGGUGUCCAUGGGUCUGUACCUGGGGGAGUCGGCCUAUCUCAGGAGCAGCUGGAACAUUCUGGACGGUUUCCUGGUCUUCGUCUCUUUGAUUGACAUCGUGGUGUCCAUGGCGGGCGGCGCCAAGAUCCUCGGCGUGCUGCGCGUCCUCAGGCUGCUCAGGACACUGCGUCCUCUCAGGGUGAUCAGCCGGGCUCCAGGCCUGAAGCUGGUAGUCGAGACCCUCAUCACGUCCCUCAAACCCAUCGGCAACAUCGUCCUCAUCUGCUGCGCCUUCUUCAUCAUCUUCGGCAUCCUCGGCGUUCAGCUCUUCAAAGGGAAGUUCUUCUACUGUGUGGGCUUCGACGUCAAGAACAUCACCAACAAAUCCGACUGUCUGGCUGCCAACUAUCGAUGGAUUCACCACAAAUACAACUUUGACAACCUCGGACAGGCUCUCAUGUCCCUGUUUGUGCUGGCCUCCAAAGACGGGUGGGUCAACAUCAUGUACCACGGCCUGGACGCGGUGGGAAUCGACCAGCAGCCGCAGACCAACAACAAUCCCUGGAUGCUGCUCUACUUCAUCUCCUUCCUCCUGAUCGUCAGCUUCUUCGUCCUCAACAUGUUUGUGGGCGUGGUGGUGGAGAACUUCCACAAGUGUCGGCAGCACCAGGAGGUGGAGGAGGCCAAGCGCCGCGAGGAGAAACGCCAGCGCCGCAUGGAGAAAAAGAGGAGAAAGGCCCAGAAACUGCCGUACUACGCCUCUUACGGCCGCACCCGCCUGGCGAUCCACACUCUGUGCACCAGCCACUACCUGGAUCUGGUCAUCACCUUCAUCAUCUGCAUCAAUGUCAUCACCAUGUCCCUGGAGCACUACAGCCAGCCGCAGUCUCUGGAGACUACGCUGAAGUACUGCAACUACUUCUUCACCUCCACCUUUGUGAUCGAGGCCACUCUGAAACUGGUGGCCUUCGGCUUCCGACGCUUCUUCAAGGACAGAUGGAACCAGUUGGACCUGGCCAUUGUGCUGCUCUCAGUGAUGGGCAUCACCCUGGAGGAGAUUGAGAUCAAUGCCUCCCUCCCAAUCAACCCCACCAUCAUCAGGAUCAUGAGGGUGCUCAGGAUAGCACGAGUGUUGAAGUUGUUGAAAAUGGCAACAGGGAUGAGAGCUCUGCUUGACACGGUGGUCCAGGCUCUUCCUCAGGUGGGGAACCUGGGUCUGCUCUUCAUGCUGCUGUUCUUCAUCUAUGCUGCUCUGGGAGUGGAGCUGUUCGGAGAACUGGUGUGUAACGCCGACUACCCCUGCGAGGGGAUGAGCCGCCACGCCACCUUUGAAAACUUCGGCAUGGCCUUCCUCACUCUCUUCCAAGUUUCCACCGGGGACAACUGGAACGGCAUCAUGAAGGACACGCUGAGGGAAUGUCCACCAGGCCGUCCGGGCAGCGACUACGGCUGUCACGCCGGACUGCAGUUCAUCUCUCCCAUGUAUUUCGUGUCCUUCGUGCUCACGGCUCAGUUCGUCCUGAUAAACGUGGUGGUGGCCGUGCUCAUGAAGCACCUGGACGACUCCAACAAGGAGGCGCAGGAGGACGCCGAGAUGGACGCCGAGAUCGAGCUGGAGCUGGCUCAGGGAGGCCUCUGCUGCAUGGGAGGCAUCGGAGCCAUCGCCGGGGCCACGGGUGGCGCCGCCAGUGGGGCGAGUGGGGCCGGAGGAGUGUCCGGUGCCAUCACGGCGGGGACGGUUGCGGGGCCGAGCGGUGUAGUGAUGGCACCGCUGCGAGAUGAAAGAGGAGGAGGAGGAGGAGGAGGAGGCUCUGCAGCUCACGAGGGACACACACACCAUCGAUGUCGGCUCUACUCUCCGGCUCAGGAGAGCCAGUGGCUGGACAGCGUGUCUCUGCUGAUUAAGGACUCGCUGGAAGGAGACAUGAUUGACAACCUCUCCGGUUCAGUUUUCCACCACUACUGCUCCGCCCCCGUCUGCAAGGACUGCAAGAGUCACCCGCAAGAGGUCCGACUGGCUGAGGUGGAGCAGGCGUCUCUCAUGUCGGAGCAGAUGUCAGACAAGUCAUCGUCUCCGGCGCUGCCUGAUGACCUCAGCCUCGACGAACACAGCGUCUAUCAGCUGCUGGUCCGAGACAGACAGAUGGGCAGCAGUGACUCCCACAGUUCAGAGGAGUGCCCCCCCCAGGUGGGCUACACAGGGCUUCGUCCGUCCAGCUCAGGAAGCGAGGAGGGGACGCAGGAGUUGUUGGAGGUGGGUGUCCAACCUCAGAUAAGUCCUCCUUCGCUGGAGCAGCAAAGCCAGGCACACUUCACAGACGGUGAUGGAGAAAGUUGCAGCGGAGGUGGUGGUGGGUCGUCGCCCGUCUUCCACUUACCAGCAGACUUCUUCCACCCGGCUGCCGCGGCUCAUCCGGGCAGUCCGGGGAACAGCGUCGGCCCCGGAGACAGGGGGGCGUCCAUGUCGGCCUCUCCAGCCUCCUGGGCGUCCCUCCGCUCACCCGGAGCCAACAGCAGGCCCCUGAGCUCUCAGCACCCGUCCCACAGCGACUCGUCCCUGGCCACGGGCAGUUCGGAGGGCAGCCUGCAGACCACCCUCGAGGAGGGUCUCAGCUUCAGCGUCUCCCCGCCUCGGGACCUGGAUCUCCGUGUGCCUCUCCCCUGCCCUCCUCCGAGCCACCACUUACAUCCACAGGUACCAGACACAGGAGACCAGGGCAACCCUGUGCUAAAGAGACGCAGCACUACUUUGACCCUCAAAGCCACCAGGGGGCACCAGAGGAGCCAGAGGAGCCAGAGCAGCUGCGGCGGUGGCAGCACCAGCCCCGGCUGUCCCCGGCAGGACUCCAUAGACCCGUCGGAUGAGGACGUGGGCACGGGGACAGGCGGAGACGGCUGCCGUCAGACCUAUAACAGCGAACACUUGUCGGAGACACUGAACAGCCUCUCACUGACGUCGCUGCUCACCACGGGCUCUCUGGCUCCCCAGCUGGUGAAGAAAUGUAACAGCACAGGCUCGCUGGACCAAACCAAUCUAUCCGCACGGAGUAAAGAUGGACGCCACGUCUACGGCAUAGAUGCCCACGGUUACUUGUCCAACCCCUGGACAGAAGGAAGGGCGAGAGGUGACGGUGAGAACAGUGACAUCACAGGCUUCAGCGUGGAAAGCAGCCGCCGACCCUCAGACACAACCUUCAGGAAGAACAGAUGAAACACUAGUUGCCUCACUGUGGUGGAACUUUAUCUAUUUCCAUCUCUGGACCUCUGGAGCAGAACAGGGAGAGACUCUCAACACGUGUCCUGUGAAAUUCUCUCGUCUUUGAAUCGUCUGUUCUCUCUCUCCUUCCUCCUCGGACCUGGCGGCUUGAGAUCAAUCAUUUCUCUUCUUCUCGUCAGGAUCAGUGCUUUCUGUUUGAAGGGACUUAACAAUAAUGACAAGGGGCUUAGCCUGUUAGCAUAACCAGGAUUCGGCCUGGCAGUCCUGGGCUUCACAUUUGAGCCAUGCUGAAGGGCGGAUUAUUCAGAAAGCCAUUAGAGAGACAGGACUGAAAACUCACAGUGAUUGAUGAACGCUACUAAAAGGUGAUGUCAUUCUCAUGAAACUGCUCGAAAUCUACGUUUCCUCCGAGGAACAGGGCUUGUUCGACCCAGCGUGCCGUCAACAGUGUUGUCAAUGUUGAAACGAUGCCCUGAUGCUUCUUUUGAGGAAGAGCUGAACUUUGUACAGGUGUUUUGUGUUGGUUUGUUUUGGUCCCAUCCAUCACUAACAGUAGCAUCAACCUACCUUUUGUCCAGUGGCUCGCAGAAAAAUGGAAAGGUCUCGUAUUUCAUGUGUUCUUUUUUCGACUUCAGCGUGUUGAAGUUGUGUGAAUGUAGACGCGUCUGUCUCCGGGAGACGGAGACAAACAAGGAGCCCUGGACAGUCUGAGUAUUGACAAAGGGCCAGUUUGAAUAGAAGGGACGGUUACGUGACUGCUGCUGAAAAUACAUGUGGGUUGUCAGUGGAAGCGUUGGCCACUUUCCGAGUGGACGCUUUGUGCUUUCUUCGACCCCAUGAAAGGGCUAAAAUGUGUUGAGUGCAGACCUGGGCCAAAUUCUGUCUUUUGCUACGAACAAAACAGUGUCUUUAAAAAAAAGGUACAUUCAUUAUUUCUGAUGAUAAUAUAAAGAAUAUAAUUCUGCUUUUCUGUAUUCAAGCAUUUUAAACACGAAAGAAUUAGAAAUUAGCUUUUCAUACCCAACACAUCAAGAGAACUCUAUUUAAACAGAAAGUUCUGUUUCCUACAGGGCAAAAAUACACUUUGUAAAGCAGAGGAAUAAACACAUUUAUUAUAAACACAUUUAAACGUUUGACAACAUUAGGAGUCCCGAAAUUUUCAAGCUUCAAACAGUAUCUCUGCAUCGGGCAGCUGUUGAAUUUGGAUUUCCUGUUCUGAGAGGCCCAAUGAUGCUGUUGAAAUGUUCUCGUAUUAAAGUCAACAGAACUAUUUAGCUCCGCUUCAGGACACUUUAAAGACUUAAUUCCUCAACGUUUUCCAACUUCUUGCCAAAACAAAACAUCACGGGGCCUUUGAGUUAAACCCAGAGAGCUACAGCACACAACCGUAGACUGCAAAUAAAGAUGGACGACACGUCUCCACUUCCUCCCACGAUCCAGAGGCGCCAAGAGCCAGAGUCUCCGCAGUGUUCGUCAGUUUCAGCUGCCAGUCAUGACCACGAAUCCUGUUUUUAUACCAUCGAGUGACUGAUUCAAAUAAAACUCACGUGAAACCUGAACCUGUGAACAAACAUCAGUGUGAUAAGAAGAACUUCAAAUAACAGACACCCUCUUUGAGAAGUUGUAUUUUAUGUUUAUUUUGUUUUCUUUAGUUACAAAAAAGUCUGUGUCCCAUCUACUACCACGCAGGAGGCGGGGUUUAUGACCUAAUUCGAGCCAGCCACUAGGGGGCGAUCAACAUGCUUUGGCUUCACUUUUGGGGUGCAGACAUGUCGUCCAUCUUUAUUCACAGUCGAUGAACACAACAUCCAGGAGAUAAACGGUUGAACUAAAGGGGCAAUUGCUAUUCAGGCAAUAACUUAAUCAACAGUAACAACAACUACAUCUCUUUUGUAGAUUGAAUGAAGGUAAUUGUUGACCACCAGGCCGUUGUAUUAACAGCUGUUGUGUUACAUGUUAAGCAACCAGGACAUCACAAGAUGGGAUUUACAGGUUUUUGUUUGCUGCUUCAAACCCAAAUGAAUAUUUGACUCAGGUCUGCUCGAGUGUAGCACGAUACGAGAAAAUAACCCAAAUACUACGACAAGCAAUGUCUCUGAGCACACGUCAGACAUUUUGACGACACGUAAUGACCCAGCGUAAAAUAUAUAUUUGUGUCACAAUCCAGAGCAGGUAGUCCUCAGGUGGACAAACACACACACACACACACACACACACACACACACACACACACACAGUACAUACAUGUUGUCAAAGGCACAAACAGCCACACACACACGUCACAUUAAGAUCAAAGUCAAAACAGUGCAGGUCGAUUCUGUCGCUGUUUGAGACGAGACAGAAAAACCUCAGUGUUUAUCUCUCUCCCUCCUUAUUCUCAUUCAAUUGUAAUAUCUCUCUUCCGCAGGGAAGCCAGAGUAUUAGAUAAACUAUGGACGCCCCCCCCCCUCUAUUGGAGAUAUGCAAUAUGCUACAGUAGAUGUACAGUUAGAUGUAUGAGACUCGUAUAGAUAGGCAAUAUGGUGAGAGAAGAUUAUAUUUAUGAAUUCCUGUAUUAGAAUAAAAUGUCAGAGAGAUUCAAAGGUCAGUGAAAGGAUGAUGAUGUAUUCAUGUAUUCCAGAGUGUUGGAGUGUGUGUGUGUGUGUGUUCUUCUCUUGUUUCCCCUUCAUCUCCCUCAGCCUGAGUUUUUCUUUCUCCAAAAUGCA